GCGGAGCGCGGCGCAGGUGCCAGGGUAAACAGCAGCCGGCCGGGCCGGGGCUGGCGCAGGGGCUGCCUGGGCGCAGACCCGAAAGGAGAGAGGAGAAGGAGGCCCCCGAGGGAGCCUCGCUGCUGCUGGAGCCCCGUCUGGGGACGUCAUUACAGGCGUUAAUAGUAGCCUGGUGCAAAGACGCUUUCCAGCUGCCGGGAGCGCUCCCGCAGGGCCUGAGCCUUUCUAGGGGCGGCCCUGGCCUUGCAACAGCCUGCAAUAAUUGCGCCAGCUAGACUAGGAGGGCUCCGCACGCCUGGCCAGGCAGAGACCGCGGCGGCUCGAGAGCAGUUCGCAGCUCCUGCCGCUUGCUCUGUGCAGGGAGCCGUGGGCACGAAGGUGCCCUGCCAGGGCCGGAGGCACCGACGCCAGGACAGGCAGGUCCUCGGCUCCCGCCUACAUCUCUGCAAAGCCACCGGUGAGUCCGGUCCCAGACCAGCACCAUGAACGUGUUUGACCGAAACAUCAACUUCGAUGCUCUCUUCAAGUUCUCCCACAUCUCUGCCUCCACCCAGGAACACCUGAAGAAGGUCUAUGGCAGCUUCGCCCUCUGCAUGUUUGUGGCGGCCGCAGGCGCCUAUGUCAACAUGGUGACCCACCUCUUCCAGUUCAGCCUGCUGACUGGCCUGGGCGCCCUGGGGCUGAUGAUCUGGCUCACGGCCACCCCCCACAGCAAGGAGACAGAGCAGAAGAGGCUGGGGAUGCUGGCCGGCUUUGCCUUCCUGACAGGCAUCAACCUGGGGCCCCUCCUGGAAAUGUGCAUCUCCAUCAACUCCAGCAUCAUCCCCACCGCCUUCCUGGGCACUGCCACCAUCUUCACCUGCUUCUCACUGAGCGCCCUGUACGCCCGACGCCGCAGCUUCCUCUACCUGGGAGGGUUCCUGCUCUCCGGCCUCAGCCUGAUGCUCCUCUCUUCCGUGGUUAAUGCGUUUGUGGGAUCCACUUGGCUCUUCACAGCCAACCUGUACCUGGGGCUGAUGAUCAUGUGUGGCUUCGUCCUCUUCGACACGCAGCUCAUCAUUGAGAAGGCGGAAAGCGGGGACAAGGAUUAUAUCUGGCACUGCGUGGAUCUCUUCCUUGACUUUGUCAACAUCUUCCGGGAGCUCCUGAUGAUCCUGGGCAUGACCGAGAACAAGAAGAAGGAGAAGAAGUGAAGCUGCUCUGGGUCGAGGCGGAGCUGUCCCCAUCCGGUCCCUGUCCCCGUCCUGUCCCUGUCCCAGUCCUGUCCCUUCUCUAAUUCAUUAAAGGGGUUGCGCUUGCUGCUGAUGAAAAGCAGCUGAGAAGCUUUCGCACCUUGUGGGUUUUUCUCUUGUUUAGCUUUUUUUUGAUUAGAAACCAGCUGAUUUGCAGAUCCUGCUGGAGUUUGGCUCCCCCCUGGCCCGGGAUGGUGGCCAGCGGUGCCUCGUGCUGGCGCCAGAGGCCAAAUCUGUCAGGGUUACUGUAGACUUGGAUCUUUCGUUAGAGGUUUUUUCCCCCUUCCCCAGCCCCGGGGGACACGCGUGCCCACCAAGACCAGUCCUGGCCCGGGGCUUUGGCACCUGCCGCCCCCAACCCCUGCCUGGAGCGGGAGCCUUAUCUUCUGGGCUGUGCUGCGGGGAGCAGGCACCUCGUCCGCUCCCCGCGCCAGCGCGGCGGGGGCAGGCACAGCGCUCCACAGGGCAAGGCAGCCCUCCGGCCUCCCUGCGCCAGCCGGGGGGCACUGAGACACCCCCCCCCCCAGCUGCCCUGCGGGGCUGGGGCACCUGGCACGGUCCACCGGGACCCCGGGCUGCCCGGGCCGGCCAUGCCCCUGCGCCUCUCGCCUGAAGCCAAACUCCACCUCUGCCUGCUUGGGACGGAGGAGCCUCUCCUUUAGCACCAGUGCCAAGAAAUACAAUGGAAAAGAAAUCAUCUGCUGUGAGAACCGUCUAGCAGGUCUGACCCAGUAAUGACUGUAAUUACCUUCCUCUUCCACCCGUGUACAGCCCUGGCUGCGGUAUAGAAACUCAGACUGUGAAGACAAAGGUGUUUUGAUUCAGAGCUCUAUAAAAAUCUCCAUAGUCUUACUUUGUACACCAAGAUAAUUCAAUAAAAUGCUCAGACUUUAA